CGGAAACCUGGCGCAAGAGAUCGCCGUGACGCAAUCAUUUCCUUCGUGCCGGACGCCGUACUCGUCGUAUUCCGUAUUCAUCACGUUGUAUUCAUCGCGUAGUUUUCUGCCGUCAACUUUCCUCCAACAUGAACGGUAUCGUAAGGAGCGCGUUUCGCGCCACGGCAUUUCGCGGUAUGCUGUCGUCUUCGUGCGGCAGCAACAUCAGCGGUCAACCCGCCAGGGCUCUGUGGAACGUGUGUAGUCGCCGGCAGAUCGCCGAGAUCACGCCUCUCAUUUCCACGCCUGAACUGCAUAAUCUCCGCGUUCAAAGAUGCUACAGCAUGUCGCACAGCAAAGCGGAGAAGGAAUUAGUGGAAUUUCUAGCUGAGGAGAUAGUAGCUGAAAAGAAGGCACAAAAAUUAAAGAUGAUACCAACAACAUUAGAUAAUUUUUCAGUAUCCCUUAAUGGUGCCGAAGUCACUCUUGAAAAGAAAGACGGCACUGAUACUAUCCAUAUUUCAUUUAAUGUGAACCAUACGGUAGAUUCAGAUUCUGAAACAGAAAUAAAUCCUAGUAGUGACAGUGUAGACAUCGGCGAAAUGAAGAGCAAGCCAAACUUUACAGUAGAUAUAGUGAGAGGCAAUCAGACUUUAGGUUUUUCAUGUUCUUUCAACAAUCAAGCUGGUGCAUCAGGUACUGAUGAUAAUUAUAAUGACAUAUUUGGCAUCGAUGAAAUCACGCUGUAUGAAGGCAACCACAAUGAAAAGGUGUACUCCGUAGCUGGUGAAAUCAUCGAUGGAUAUCUGUACGAUCUACUGAUGAACUACCUCGAAGAGAAAGGUAUUUCAAACGAAUUUGCAGAGAAAUUGAUUGAGUUGAGCACAUGCUAUGAGCAUACAGCCUAUGUCAGUCUACUGGAGGGCUUAUCAAAGUUCACAUCCGGAAAAUAAUUCUAAGAAUUAAUAUUAAGAUGUUAAGAUUAUCUGCGAUUCUCGUAACGAUGUAGUUUGUAAGAAUUAUAUAAUAAAAUUAUGUGCUGACGCGUAU